AACCAAACGAGCACAUGGAGACUACGUGAGUACAACAACAAACACAAAACAUGACACGGAGGAAACAAUGGAUUUCCUACCGUGACAACCAUUGGUCAAACUGCAUCUCAACCUUCUCAAACCUCCCCACCCCACAAUCUGUCUCCUAUUCGUCUGCCUCCUGCCCACACAGUCCUCUUUUUGGAAAAAUAAAAUGUAAAACUUUUGUGGACAAACAGUUUUUCACUGGAUGCUUUCUUUAACAACUUAAACAAGUGCGACGGGUUGGAUUCAUUUUGAUUUUUCAUAGUAAAGACAGUCAUACAGUAUUUCUCUUCUGAAGGACAGCGCGGCUCAGAUCGGGUGAUGGACUCGAGGUCUCUGCUGACACUGUCAGUGUUGUUCGUUCUCAUAGGGGGGAACAAGGGACAGAAACCAACAGUUACUCUCCGGCCGAAGUUCCCACAGGUGUAUGUUGGAGAUGACGUCACUCUGAUCUGUAACCGUAAAGGAGGGAGUAAACCAACAAGAUGGUUUUUUAACAGAGCGCCACAAACACAUGAGGAUUAUUUAAUGCUUCUUAUUGCAGUAACACCAAAAAACAACGGGGUGUAUGAAUGUGAGCAGGACGAAACGAGGAGUGACCCAUACACACUCACUGUACUGGAUCUGGAGCCUUACGCUCAGCUCUCUCCAUCUAUAGGAGGUGCUGUGAUGACCAAAGGAGAUGGAAGAAACCUGGUGCUGCAGGCGGACGAUGAUCUGAAGAACUGGUCUUGUUUUGUGUUGAGGGGAGUGAGCACCUUCAGUCUAGCACUCGAUGUUGAUGAGGAGAUGAAAAGAGCUGCUAUAUUUGCAGAAUUAAAGGAGGCAGAAAGAGCCACUUUCUUUUGCAAGAAAAAGAAAGCAGAUCUUCGAAGCAAUGCAGUCACGCUGAAAAUGACAGAGCUCAUGGUGAUGUUGGUUCCUCCGGUCAUUCCUGCGCUGCAGGGGGAGCAUGUGGAUCUCAGGUGUGUAGUCUGGGGUGGACCGGAGCUGAAAAACGCCGUCUUCUAUAAGGAUUCAAGAGAAAUCAAAACCUCACAUGAUGGCACAUACAUCAUCAUUAAUGCCACACAAAGUGAUAACGGCAACUACAGCUGCCGCGCCACCUACAGGUUCAGCCACAUCAGUGCAGAAGCUGCACUGAAGGAAGGAGAUUCUGAUGCUCAGGAGUUAAAAGUUAUAGGUGGACCUCCUGCUGCAGUGAUUUCAGCGUCUACUAACAGUCUGCAGUGUUCCUGCCCUCACUGUCCUGAUGACUGCACAUCCUACCACUGGUAUCACACACCCUUAAAUGACCCAUACACACGCAAAAAACUACCUGAAAGUGACGAGUUUAUAACUGUAAAAAAAGAAGGACAGUACAAAUGCCGGAGUGACUGUGGGAAAGGUUUCUCACGUUUCAGCAACAUCUACAACUACAAAGCACAACCAGUGGAGUUCAGACACAUGUGGUACAUUCUGGUCGCAGCACUGAUUUUGUUCGUGAUCAUCAUUGUGCUGAUCAUUGUGCUGAUGUGGAGAAGAUGUGGAAGAAUGGAUAUACAAGCACCUGGAUGUGAUGCAGAUCAAGACAGGCUGGUGAUGAGUGUACGCUAUGUUCGCUAAACAGGCGAGCACAGAGAAAGAAUGAGGGCUCCUUGAAGAAAUGAAUAUAUUAUAUUACUUGUAUUAUUUUUAUUAUAAAGAAUUUUAUUGCAUCAGGAUAAAUGAAUUUAACAAAUCCUUAGAUGCUGUAUACAUAUAUAUAUAUAUUUUUUAUAGCAGUGAGAUGUGUGUGUAUAUAUAUUUAUACACACAUAUGUGUAUAUUCUAUUGCAGAAGGCAAGAAGAGUAUCUUUGUAAUUAUGUGAUAUUUCUGUGGUUAUCUCUCUGAAUAAUUAAGAUAAGGUGAUUCACUUAUGAUGAGGACAUGUUUGUGUCACAUCACUGCGUUUGUGUCUUUUUCUUUUUCUUUCUUGGGGUUUGUUUCCUACGUAUUUGUUCUAUGUUGUGAAAUGUGAAUUUAUUAAAAAAAACUUGUGAUAAAGCGACUUACAUGAUUAAA